UAAGCAGCGACCAAAUUCAUCACAAGGGUGCUACAAAGCAGCAGCGCACAGCUCACAAUGGCCACCAGGUUGGACCGCCUGAUCUUGCUGCUGUCGACUGGACAGACAAGCACCGUCCGUCAGACGGCAGCACGCCAGCUUGGUCAGAUUGCGGGUCAGCGCAUCCAGCACACAAGCUCAGGGCCAGCUGCUGCUUCGGGACCGUCCUCUUCGCUCGCUAGGAAUGUCAGAGAGACGGGUCAGCUCCUGCUGGGCGAGAGUACCGCGUCGUCUUGGAGAGGCAUUGAUGGCGAAUGGCAAGAGAUCAUAAGUUUACUCAACAAAAUUGUGCCGCAUUUGCGGUCACGGAAUGGCGAGACACGCAUAGCUGCAGCACUCGCCGUCGAAUCAAUAUGUCGCGCUAUUGGAGUUUGGGAUCCUCUCCCUCCUCGCAGUACCGACCUCAGAGUAACCUCUGCAGCACAGACUGAGCCUUCCGAUGCCUUGACAGACUUUAACGCGCUGCAAAUCAUGCGCGAGCGACCCCAUCUUCUCGCAACAGCUGGCGGCGAAUUUGCACCUCCACUGACCGCGUCAGAUCGUGAAGCUCAGCAAAAAUCGCAGAAAGCAUUGGCAUCAGAGUUUGGUCUUGACUUCGCCGGCUCUCGGAGCGAAGAUCUCAGCAUCGGUAUAGACAUGGCAAAGGAACUUGCAGAGGGCGAACAGGCCGCUUCGGCCUCUGCGCACACAAACGGCGCACCUGCAAAGACACUCAGCGCUCGUGAACUGAACGCACUUAAGCGCAAACGGAAAGCGGAGGCUAAAGAGACUAGCUCAAAGAAGCGCGCAAUAGAGGCGACUAUAGCCCAGCAAGCCGACAAUAUAGACAACAAAAAGGACGAGCAGACAAUAGCAGAACCACCCGUCAUCGGAGGCCAGGUAGCCAUAAAAGCGGAAGACGAUAUGCCAGAUCUUUCCGAUGUCAGCGCCGACACAUGGCCAUUCCAUGCCAUCGCCGAGAGUUUGGCGGACGAUCUCACGGAUCCAAUAUGGACGAUACGGCACGGCGCAGCGCUUGGUCUCACGGAGAUCUUGAGAUCUCAAGGUGCCUCUGGCGGCAUGUCACUUGCUCUCUCUGAUGCAGACAAUCGAGCUGCGCAUCAGCGUUGGUGCUCAGAGCUCAUCACCGUCAUACUCGAAGUCCUUUUGCGAGAUCGCUUUGGUGACUACCUCGGGGACUCGGUCAAAGCACCAGUAAGAGAAGCCGCAAGCAGAACGCUCGCCAGCCUCAUAGCCCACUGUCCAUCGUUCACACUUGCCUCGACCUUCGACGCUCUCGAAGCUAUGAUCAAGCAAGACGAUCAAAAGUCUGUAUGGGAAGUCAGACACGCCGGUUUACUCGGCCUACGCUAUCUCGUCGAAUCGCGCCAAGAUAUCCUACAAGACGAUGCGCUUCUGCUCAACAGGGUUGUCGCGCUCGCUUUGACCGGCCUGAAGGACAAAGAUGACGAUGUGAGAGGUGUCGCUGCCGCUGCUUUGUUGCCCAUCGUCGGCACCAUCGGUGAACGCCUACCGAAAGCGACACUGGACGCGCUACUCGAGAUGCUCUGGUCUUGCAUUCAACAGGCACACGAUGAUCUCUCAAGCUCGGUUGCAGACAUUAUCCAGCUCCUCACUGCGCUUAUGACCAGCAGUGCUAUGCUUGCCUCUGUCUCGCGCGAGCAUCUCAUUGCUCGUCUACCGGCUCUUUAUCCCUUUCUGCGGCAUACGAUCACUUCCGUACGCGCGUCUGUCAUUAAUGCGAUAACCGUCAUGAUCCCCGUCAUUUCUUCCGGUGAAGAUGUUGCUUUGCCGCGGCUCAUCUGGCGCAACAUCGCUGUCGAAACCAGAUUGUCAAUUCGCGAGCAAAGCAUGGCGGCCUGGCAAGUCUUUCUAGCAGAAAGCACUCCGACGUAUGCCACAUCAGUGAUAGAUGGCAUAGUCGACACUUGCGCCGGCCUGCUCAUCAGCCCAUUGCAAGGCGGCCUGCCAAUGGAUUUUUAUCAGAUUACAGGUUACGCAAUCGCACCAGUCGACAAAACACUGCUGUCUCAGGAUAUGACGCUCAUUACGAGCGAGACUUUAUUCGCUUGUCGUCUCGAUGCAUUACAAGCGCUCGCCCAGUUGCAUGCAAAGAAUCCAAACCACUCUUGGCAGCGCCUCAGUCAUUAUAUGACGCACCUCAGCGACCCGAGCGCGAGCAGGCGCGUCUUCUCCGCCUUACUCCUUGCAGCUCUUGCGCGUGCCUCGUUAGAUGCAGAGCCGGAAACGUCGGCGUUAGGCCUGCAAUGUCGCGAUCGUCUCACAGCCGCCUUACCCGACAGCUACGACGAAAUCGCUGCUGACGCUAAACGGUUGUCUUCCCACUGUGAGAAAGCCACAAAGUCACUCGCCAAUCAUCACGUUGAAGAUAUGCCGCCGGCGAAGCUGUCAUUGAGUAUUCGUGCACAGGGCUUGAUGACGCUGCUGCAGUCCACGAGCGCGAAAUUGGCUCAGACCAGCAAAAAGGCGGCAUCACAGAUGCAUGAGCUCAGUCAGACGGUCUUACGGCUGCACACUCAAUACGCCGGGGACAAGUCCACAUAUGAUAUAAGAGUCGCAGCUUCGCUGGCAUCAGCCUGUGUUGCUUUCGGCGCCAUCCCAGCGAAGCUUAAUGCUCUAGUACCGCCUCUGAUCGCAUCCCUCAAGUCGGAGACCGACCCUCGUUUGCAGCAAAGUACGGCGCUGGCUAUCGCACAGCUCAUCCGCCGUUUGACGGCCGAUUUGUCAAAGCAAGUUCCAUGUACAAAAUUGAUCAAGAACGUAGCGAACCUGGUCUGUCAGGAUACACUUGCGACUCCGCUCUUUGCCGAGCAUGUUGCUGAUCAGGAUCGCAUACUGUAUGAUAUAGCUACUACAACGGAGGGGACGAGCGUCACGCCGGACCCUCGCUCACUGCUCGUCGUCAGAGGUGCACGCUUCGCGAUGGCAGAGCUGUCAGCUGACUUUGGCGAUAAACUUUUCGAUGAGUUACCGCUACUCUGGCAAGUAGUCUCUGACGAUCUGGUAAGUGUGUGCUCUCAGCCUUUGGACGCGCAGCAAACCGCACUGGCAUCUGAUCACACGCUUGGGCAAAAGUUGAUCGACGGCCUGGCUAUCGCUACCGCUUUGUUGCCUGUCGCGAGCACUCAAAGCCGAGUCAGACUCGCUUCACUCCUGCCGACAAUCACAAGUUUACUUCGAAGCUCGUAUGCCGUCUUGAGGUCUGCAGCUGCAAAAGCAAUUGCGACAAUAUGUGACUUAUCGCCUGCGACCGGUCUACCAUUUCUUAUCGAGCACUGUCUAGCUGAUCUGAGCGAUCCACUUAAUCUAUAUCGACGUCAGGGUAUGCUCGAGACCAUCGCACGGAUUGUCGACAUCAUGGACAUACGCAUACUGCCGUACAUUGUCUUCCUCGUCGUUCCUACGCUGGGCCGCACGACUGAUGGGAACGAAGCUGUGCGCUUGCUGGCCGCACGCGUCUUUGCUUCGAUCAUCAAGCUAGUACCGCUGGAGGCUGAGAUCCAAGACCCCGCCGAUCUGCCGGCGUCGCUCAUUGCACGACGCGACGAUGAGCGUCGUUUCCUAUCACAACUCAUUGAUGGCAGCACUAUUGCCGAAUACGUCAUGCCGAUCACCGUGAAAGCUGAGCUCCGUUCGUAUCAGCGAGAAGGAGUCAGCUGGCUGGCUUUCUUGCACAAGUAUCAACUACACGGCAUUCUCUGCGAUGACAUGGGUCUAGGCAAGACCCUGCAGUCCAUUUGCAUUCUCGCCAGCAAGCAUUUUGAGCGUGCGGAAAAGCAUACCAAGUCUGCAUCGCCUGAAACGGUUCAUCUGCCUUCGCUCGUGGUAUGUCCGUCAACGCUCACCGGUCACUGGCAACACGAGAUUGAGACAUAUGCACCUGAUCUUCGCCCGCUGAUCUUCGGCGGCGAUCCUUUGCGUCGUAGCCAGCUGAAAGGUGAGCUGAAGAAGGCUGAUGUCGUUAUUGCGUCAUACAAUACAAUCAGUAGCGAGAUUGAUUACCUUGCAACGCUCGACUUCAAUUAUUGCGUUCUUGACGAAGGCCACGUCAUCAAAUCAAGCAAGGCCAAACUGUCCAAAGCCGUCAAGCGUCUGAAAGCCGAGCACCGGCUUGUGCUGUCAGGCACGCCAAUCCAGAACAAUGUUCUCGAGCUCUGGUCGCUUUUCGACUUUCUCAUGCCGGGCUUCCUGGGUAGUGAAGCCAGUUUCAGCGAGCGCUACAGCCGUCCCAUUGCGGCCAGCAAAGACGCGAAGAAGUCAAGCGCAGAGCAGGCGAAAGGCGCCCUUGCGCUUGAAGCCCUUCACAAACAAGUCCUGCCUUUCAUCCUGCGCCGAUUGAAGGAGAAUGUGCUGCAAGAUUUACCGCCGAAGAUCAUACAAGACUACCAGUGCGAGCUCUCACCGCUUCAGCGAGACCUUUACAGCUCGCUUGGGCAAAGCAAUGAGGAUGGUAGCAAUGCAGAUGACGGAAAACAGCACGUCUUUCAGACCUUGCAAUAUCUGCGGAAGCUGGUCAAUCAUCCCAGCCUCGUUCUGGAUGCUAGCAAUCCUCAGCAUCGUACGGCGCUUGCUAACCUAGCAGCAGCCAAGAACGAGCUGGAGCACGCACCCAAGCUUGAAGCUUUGCGACAAUUACUGUGGGACUGUGGUAUCGGCCUGCAAUCUCAGGGCAAGGCUAAGGCUGUGAAAUCGGAUAUCGAGGAAUCGAUUGCGGCUCAUCGGGUCCUCGUUUUCUGCCAGACGCGCUCCAUGCUUGACAUCAUAGAAUCAAUGCUGUUCAGGAAGCACAUGCCAACCGUGAGCUACAUGCGGCUAGAUGGUGCGAUACCAAGUCAUCAACGCUUUGCUAUCGUCAAGACGUUUAACCGAGACCCCUCCAUUGAUGUCUUACUUCUGACUACACAUGUCGGCGGUCUGGGCCUCAAUUUGACGAGUGCGGACACGGUCAUCUUUGUCGAGCACGAUCUCAACCCAAUGAAGGAUUUGCAAGCCAUGGACAGGGCACAUCGACUCGGCCAGAAGCGCACGGUCAAUGUGUACCGCUUGAUCACGAAGGACACACUCGAGGAGCAGAUUAUGGGACUGCAGCGCUUCAAGACCCACGUGGCCUCAACAGUCAUCAGUCAACAGAAUAGUCAGCUCGCAUCGCUCGAGACGGACAAGCUGCUCGAUCUCUUCACACCUGCCGGCGAUGCGCCCAAGCAAGAGAAGCAAGGUCGCAUCACUCAGCAAGCCCUGCUGGCCGCUUUGGAAGAGGCACCCGAUGGCGACAACGAAGAUCUUGCGUGACGACGCUGACUAAUCCCGUGUUGAUUGCAUACAACAAACCCCACUAAUCCUUGCCGCGCUUCAUUUGUACAUGAGGAUCAGAAGAAAACAUGAACCGGUAAAGCUUCGUACUUGCCGCGACGCCAUACUGGCGUGAAGUAAUCGUGCCCAUAGCCGUUCGCGUAAUCUCUUCGUUUGCGAGGAGUUCCUCCGGUUUGUACUGCUUCGCCUCAAAGGCUUCGUAGAGUCCCCUCCAGGUUUUGUACUUGUGCACAAUGGCUGCAGCUGCAGUCUCGUUACCGCCCGGCAUCGUGCUAAGCUGCCGCAGAAACGUGCUGCGCGGACCGUCGCCUUUGCGUUGGCCUUCUGGCACAUGCCCAACGUACUGCAUAUCCUCCUGU